UUCAGAAGAGGCUAAGGGAAAGAAUUUAGUGUAUUCCCCGUUGUCAAUCUAUUCUGCUCUAGGAUUAUUAACUUUUGGAGCAAAAGGUGAAACACUAAACCAGUUAUUAAGGUUUUUAAAAUCUGAAAAUCUUGAUGAUCUUAAUGCGUUUUGUUCUGAAGUUACCAAAUCAUUGAAUGAGACCCAGACAUGCAGCAAUAGUCAAGGAUUCAAAUUGUCUUGUGUUAAUAGUGUUUGGGUCGAGCAAUCUUGUGUCCUAAAUCCAAGAUACAGAGAGUUGGCGAGUUCAAGCAGUCGUUGAAGCUAUGGAUUUCAUAUUUAAGGCUAAUGAAGCGAGACUGGAGGUGAACAAAUGGGUGGAACAGAAAACCAACGGAUUAAUCAAAGAUCUGAUUCCGGAAGGAUUAGUCGACAGUAGCACAAAGAUUAUAUUGGUGAAUGCACUCUAUUUCAAAGGAUCAUGGUGUCCAGGUCAGUUUGAUAAAGACUUAACCAGGAACUCAGAAUUCUAUUCACUUGAUGGACGUUCUUGUUUUCAAAUCCCAUUUAUGCACAGCAGAGAGAGAUACCAAUAUAUAUCAUGUCACAAUGGCUUCAAAGUUCUCAAACUCCCAUACCAAGUGCAAGCACAAGCAAAGACCAAGAUUUCUAUGUAUAUAAUUUUACCUGAUAGACGCGAUGGACUUGGCGACUUGGUACAAAAGGCAACUACUGAUUCAGCUAGCUUUUUGAAUCAAUGUGUUUUAGAAGAUCCACCAUCGGUACGAACAGGACAGUUCAAGAUUCCAAAGUUUAAGAUAACGUUUGAUUUUGACGCGAAAACAGUUCUCCAAGAAAUGGGGUUAGUGUUGCCUUUCGGUUUCCAAGCUGAAUUGACUGGAAUGGAAAACUCAGAUUGUUUAGUUAAAUCUGUUAUUCACAAGUGUUUUGUUGAAGUUGACGAAGAACGAACUGAAGCUGCUGCUUCUACUGCUGUUAUUUGUGCUACUUUUGGAUCUUGUGGUCCAGUUUAUUCACCUCCUACUGUGGAUUUUGUUGCAGAUCAUCCAUUCAUGUUUAUGAUCGAAGACAGCUAUACUGGAGUGGUAUUGUUCACCGGAUAUGUUCUUAAUCCUCUGUUAACCUCUUGAUUUUAUUCUUCUUUGACACUGAUUUUAUUGAUGUUCAUUUAAUCGGGUGUUUGAUCGAAACUAUGUUUGAUUUCAAUAAUAGGGUGAAAUCUAUCUUCUGUUGGCGAACGUGACCAAAACUAAAUGUAUUUUGGCAUUUGGACGUUUUUGCCCUUAC